AUUGAUCUUGAAUUAUGAAUUUAUUAAAAACUGUGUAACGUAGUUUUAUUCCAAUGGAUUACAAGAAUUUGACCGGAUGGAAUAUAAGAUUUUCAAACCAGUCUGAAAAGGGAGAAUCGUAUUUUUCUGAAGAACAAAUUCGAAGUGAAAGGUCGGAACUCUCACUUCUUAAGGUCCCCUCAGGACUUCACUGCGGUCCCGCCGGAAGAAGAACACUGAUUAAAUGGCUUGAAGACAACUAUAAGCUCAGCAGAGGCAUUAAUAAUGCCAAUCCAGGAGUUAUGGCAUGUCGACUUUGGCAGGAGUCACAAGGAUUGCCCGAUGAAGUUUCAAAGGCUAUUGUGGGAUUAUUGAAGUUACAAGGAAUACCCACGAACAUUACCUAUAAGGUAUUGUUCGAAAAUUACCUGUCAAAGCAACUCUCAUCACUGAUGAAAAGACAUUCAGAUUCUCAAGAAAAACUGUCUAUGCUGGCCGAGAAAAUGAUUUCUAUGUUCCAAGUUACUCAAAUCCAGCCUCUGAUUGUGGAUGUGCUCGACUUGUUAGUGGAAAUCCCACAAUCAGCAAUGUCAAAAAUACUAGAGGAUAGAUACUCAUCGCACCAUUUUUACAAAAUCAGCACAUUGAAUAUAAAGCGUAAAAUAUGGGCGGCAUCACCGGAAAAGUUAAAUGAGACAAUAACACCAUUGAUUUUUAAGGCGCUUUUCCUUUUAAGACUAGGAAUAUUUGAUGACCAAAUGGGUAAUUUGUCCACAAAUGAAAAUCUAAAUGAGUAUAACAUGUUGAUUUCGCAAAUGUUGCAGUUGAUUGGAGACCCUCAGGCAGAGUGUAGCAGAAUUGUUUACUGCCAAACUGUUACAAUACUAAAACUUUUAUUCAUUAAAAGUUCCCUACAAUAUAAAACUAACACAACUAAACAUACAAAUGCUGUUAAUACAAAUACUGGUAAAGGUAAAUCAGGAGUGAAUAAGAAUUCAGAGGAGAGAAUGGUGAAGGUGAGUAAGACUGCAGAAUGUAGUUUAAGUUUUCGAACUGAAAGGUUUUCUGAAAUGAAAAACAAAAAUUUGGAACUUCAUUACACAAAAGUACUACCAGAGGAUUUGUGUAACUUAUAUACAACUUAUGCAAAUAAAACUAUUGGACUGUCUUACUCAUACAUUACGCAUACAACUGAUAACACGAUAAAUUAUGAGCCAGAAACGAUUGAUGAUGGAAACAGAUCAUUGAAUGAUACUUUUCACUCAACGUACACAGUUAAAUCUGAUUAUAGAUCAAAGCAAAUGAAUGAUACAACAGAUUCUGUGAAAAUUGAGAAUAUAUUGGAGAACGUGAUAAACUUGGAUAUUGAUAAUGAUUUGUUGUACCCAGGACGAGGAGAACACUAUUUUAGCCUAAUAAGAUAUUCAUUGGCAAUGAAAUGCCAGGAGAUGUACAAAAUCACAAACUCUGGAAUGAAGCUUAUUGAACCUAAUUUCAACUUAUUACAACUGAUUAAUAAAGUACACAACUCAGUGGAUAAUAAUCUUCCAACAGAUGAACUUAUAUCAAUGAUUAAUAAAAACAACACAUACAAUAUUACAGUAAAGGAUGAUAUGGAAUUGUUUAAUAUAUCAUUUAUCCUGUGUAAUCCAAUACUGUACAAUAAAGUUGUAUCAUACUUUGUAUACUAUUUGUUCAACAUGGACAUGAUGCUGCUGACUUCUAAGGUGGAAAUUGGAUAUUGGACUGCAUUAAUCUCACUAGGACUUUCGUGUACUUAUAUCGGAAUUGUAAAGUUCAUACUAGAAUCGCAAUUAAACAAUGUGAUGAAAAUAAAUGAUGAUGACUUGGAUUUGAAGAAAAUUGUAUCAUAUCUGAAACCGUAUACAAAUGUCUGUAAACCGGUUUCACUUAAAAAGCUCCUAAAGUAUAUAUAUCCCAUAGAGAAGGAUAGUAAGUUAUUUGAACUCAAGGUCCCGCCGUUUUUCUCUAACUUUUUAACAACAAAUUUGACUACACAAAGCUCGUCGGACAACGCUAAUAACUGUGAUAACUCAAUUUCUGAUGAUUCAGGUGAUAAAAACCCGUUUAGAAGAUUGGGUGAAUUUAGAAUUGAAUCAAAUGACAAAGAAGGCGGUUCAGCGUAUAAGAUUGUUGAGGAUGAUCCUGACACUUUUUUCCACAGCUUGUUGAUUUUAUACCUGCCGAAGCUGGACUCUAAAAGUGUAAAUGAGUUUAAAGGCUCUUCUAGAAGCUUUCUGAACCUGUUUAGAAAUGAUUCAGCAGAUAAUAAUUCUAAGGAAACGCCUAGUUCUACAUCUGUAAGAUUCAAUUAUGAAGAGAAUAAGAAUAUAAUACUCAGAAUACUAGAGCCGUUUGAUCAUCAGAAGUUUGAUUCGUACACUCACAUUGGGAACCUGCUAUCACUAACAAACAGGCACUAUUCAAGUGUGAACAAGUCCUCACAAACAACAAUAGGACAAAUUAACCUAGCACUUCUGCACAUAUUCUUAGAGAAGUUAUCAACUUUGCCGUAUACAACAUUUAAUACACUCUCGUCUACAUCAAAUAUUACAAAAUUACUUUUCAAAAUGGUUUCAAUUGAGUUGAUAAAGACGAGUUUGAAGAACGUUGAUGGAUUGAACCAGAAUUCAGAAGGGUUAAUGAGAUUUAUAUCGUCAGAUCGGUUUAGAAGGGAUGCUGUGGUUAACUUUAAAACACCAACGGAUUACUUAUACUUAAAGUUACUGGCCACAAUAAUGUUCUCAGAUACAGUAAAGCCCAAAGACUUGGUUUUUAAGUUUGCAGAGAAUGUUUCAAACUAUAGUAUUUGCACUUCAUUCAUACUUCUGUACUAUUAUAAGAAAUAUGGAAAGGAUAAAUCUACGGAACAAACACUGGAACUGCUUUCAAAGAACUGUCAUAAAAUACUGUAUGAUAAGGAGAAUAAGAAUAACCCUUCAUAUCCAUAUAGGAAGUGGAGUCAUUUAUUUCAGGAGUUAAACAAGGUUUAGAGAACUCUAAACCCCAUGGGACCAAA